UCUAACGUUUACCUGGACAGGUAGCCUUGAUUGGUAAGAACAUUUGUUUCUAUUUACCCAGGCAUUCCCAGUCGCUGAGAGAUGCACGCCACUGGAGCCGGAGAGCCGCUACGAUCAGUUUAGUGGGAAACAUCGCCGGGCUCGGUCGCAAAAUCGAAAGAACGGUACCAAGUGGCAAGUUUCCAAGCAAAGGUCACGGACGGGGAAGGAAAGGGAACGGGUCGCGAACGUGAGAAAUUAGCACAGAUUGGCAGCGGUGCGAGAAAACAACUGGAUUUUCGAAUAUUUCAAAAUAAACAAAUCGCUCGACGAAGUGUAAAGGCGCAAAAGUGCCCACAAAAUUGGUCUAAUUAAGGCCAGAAACGAUUCCGAGUGUCCAUAUGAGUUAUUGGCGAUCCGCAAAGUUUUAUGGAAAAGUAAAUGACCCCGUGCACCGAGGGCAGAAGACAGAGGGAAGACACUGAGUUCGUAUCGGCGGCGAGACACCAAAUGUUCAACAGCUGGAGACAGCUGGGCUGAGCAGUCUCACCGCCACCUCCUUCCUUCCACCUCCAUUAAUUCGGACGCAAUCGAAAGUUUAUUAUUGUUUUGGCCACAAGAGUGUAAACAAAUAGCCAACUGAAGAAGGGGCCUCAGAAGAUGGAGAACGUGCGCUUUUCGAUAAUCGAAAACGAUCUCAAAUGGAAUUCGGAGAGCGACCGCGAAGCCGACGUGGAUCUGCUCCUGGACAAGCGAAGUAUUUCAAGCGAGGCCAAUAAUGAUGGGGCGUUUAGUAAUGAGGCACACGAGAUUUUUGCUCGCCAGCAACAGAACCAGAACCUGUGGGAGCUGGAAGAGAUCGAAGAUACGCUGUUGGCGAUGCCCGGAGCCAAGCACGUCCUUGAUCUGUGUCAGACUGGGUGCCUUCUUGAACUUAUAACCGACUCUAGCGACAGCAACCUAGCGUUGAUUUGCUGCUCUGUAUUUGGCAACGUGGACAACAUAAUGUACCUUCUAAACCACUGCAACGCUGAUCCGAAUGUAGCGGACCCUCGUGGCCGCACACCGCUUCACUUCGCCUGCUGUCGCGCCAAUGCCCCCAUCGCCAAGGUGCUGCUCGAUCGCGGCUCCGACCCGAAUCGCUGGGAUUCCAAAAAGGAGGUGACGCCGUUGCACUGUGCAGCUAGCUCCAAGAGUAUUGAGUGCAUUCUGUUGUUGCUGCGAAGAAAGGCAAACAUCAACAUUGGCAUCGAAAAGCGCUCGGCUCUGCACUAUGCCAUAGAUGUCAAUGCCGUGGAGUGCGUGGAAAUCCUGCUCAAGUACGGAGCUGACCCCAACACGCCCCAGGUGUACACAGAGACUCCGCUGCAUACCGCCAGUGCGGCUGGGUUCGCGAAGUGCGUCCAAUUGCUUCUCAGCCACAAUGCUGAUGUAAGGUCGCAGUUCGGAGAAGGAAAGGUCACAGCCUUGCACUUGGCUGCGGAAAACGACUAUGUGGAAUGCGCUCGACUGCUACUGGAACACCGGGCCGAGGUGGACUGCCGAAACGCCAGUCACCAGACGCCUCUGCACUUGGCCUGCCUCUCGCAGUCCAUCGGAACGGUAGACCUUCUCAUAUCGUACGGCGCUAAUGUGAAUGCCGUCUACCGGGAUGGAAGAACAGCUCUCCAUGCCGCCAUUGUGAAGCAGUCCCGCUGCCUGGACUGCUGCAAUUCUCUAUUAAAAGCAGGAGCAGAUGUGAACAAAGCAGAUAACUAUGGUUACACCCCACUCCAUAUUGCUGCUCUUAACGAAUUUAGCAGCUGUGUGUACACUUUUAUAGAGCACGGUGCGGACAUCACGGCCCGAACUGACGGACAUGUCUCGGCCUUGUCUUUUAUUGUCCGGCGUACUCCGGAGAUUAUUCCAAAGCUUAUGCAGAAACUGGAUCGCUCGAUUAAGGCUAAUGAUCACGAGAUCGGCGACGUCGAUUGUCAAAUAAAACUAGAUUUUCGUCUUCUGGUGCCCAGUUCUUCGAUGGAGCGCGGCGAGACUGAGCUUCUCCUCUCGUUGAUUGAAGUGGGACAGAAGCGAAUUCUGAUGCAUCCACUCUGCGAGACGUUUCUCUUCUUGAAGUGGCGACGUAUCCGUAAAUUCUUUCUUAUGAGCUUGGCCUACCACACGCUCUUCGUCCUGCUAUUUACGCUUUAUGUGAUUCGAGUUUUUGUCCGUUGUUGCAAGGAGGGAGAACCUUGCCUGGCUCCGGCCUAUGUAUCCACCAUUGGCUACUGUGUCAUAAUCCUGAAUCUCGUUCUUCUUGGCAAGGAGGUGUUUCAGAUGGCGCACGGUCUGCAUGGGUAUGCAAAAUACUGGGAAAACUGGCUCCAGUGGACAAUUGUCUUUGGAGUUCUCCUCUGUGUGUCUCCGGAGAUCCUGCGUACUGGCGACUUACUUGCGGUGCCUGUUUGGCAGCACCAUGUGGCCGCUGUGGUUAUCCUGUUCGUUUGGCUGGAGUUGAUGAUGCUAGUUGGCCGUUUUCCUAUCUUUGGCGUAUACGUUCAAAUGUUUACAAAAGGUACAUACCUGCGUACAUAUGAAUAUCAAGUUCAUCCAGAAACACCCACUUUUUAUUUACCCAUUUCAGUGGCUGUUAACUUUGGAAAAUUUCUACUGGCCUACAUUUGCCUUCUAGUCGCCUUCGGCCUCAGCUUUGCCGUUCUCUUCAACGACUACCCAGCUUUCGAGAACAUCACUUGGUCGUUUCUGAAAUCCAUCACCAUGAUGUCUGGAGAGCUGGAAUUCGAGGACAUUUUUUACGGGGACUACGCCGUUAAGUUUCCGGUUACCGCCCAUAUCAUCUUCCUAAGCUUCGUCCUGCUAGUAACUGUUAUCCUAACCAACUUGAUGGUGGGUCUGGCUGUUAGUGACAUUCAGGGACUGCAAGUAAGCGCCACCCUGGACCGUUUAGUGCGACAGGCUGAACUAGUAUCACGGCUGGAAAGCCUCUUCUUCUCACGGCUGCUUAGGAGUGCCCCCACCAAUCUCAUGCAACUGUGCAAGCGGAGCGCUUUGCUGCGAACUUCCCGCGAUAAGCUGCAGUUUACCAUUCGGCCCAACGAUCCUCGUGAUAACCAGCUACCCGAGGACAUUAAGCUAAACGUGUAUAAGCUGGUGGCAGAGCGGCGGGACCGGAACCAGAGUAUGCGGCGUCGUCAGUUUGAAAACAACUACAACAUCUUCAGUCGUAGCCUGCAACGCCAGCAGGAGCAGCCCCAGAGGGAAUCAAUCCACUUGGAUCCUGCUGGAGUUCCGAUCAAGGCAGCGAGCCCAAACCUUUUUCACAUGCACGAGCUACUUCGUCCUCGUUCCGCCACUAAUGUGCCUCAACAGCUGCGGCAGGAGCAGGACAGUACUGUCAAGCUAAAGAACCAGGCCAAUGCCAUGAGCGCCGUGCAGGUAGAAGUUCAGGCCAUCAAAACCCAGUUGGGUGAGCUAAUGGCCAAGUUCGAGCGAUUCUCAGAGAAUGCCACGCGCAAACUGAAUUACAGUGCCGACGAACUUUGCCGGUUGAGGCAACAGAACCAGUCAACAGCCUCUAACCAAAAGAGUCACCACCAUCGAUGAUGUUGCCGGGGUUUUUAGUAUUUUUAACCAGACAUAUAAAAUAUAUUAA